GUUUAAACGUCAUACGGUAACCUAAAUUUGUAAAACAUAAUAUUUUGAAAAAAAAGGGUAAAUCGACGACAACAUGGCAGAGAAAAAAUCCAACCCAUUGGAUAUAAAUGGGCCGGGUUUUAACUCCAAUUUGUACCUAGAAAAGCUCUUCAAAGAAAGCACCCUUAAACAAGUUAUGGAUCAUGAGAGUGAAAUUGUCAAAGACACACAAACUUUGCAUUCCGAUAUGCAGACUUUGGUUUAUGAAAAUUACAACAAAUUUAUAUCGGCCACUGACACAAUUAAAAAGAUGAAAACAGACUUUAAAAAGAUGGAAACGGAAAUGGAUUUACUGGCGUCAAAUAUGUCUUCGAUAACUUCUUUUUCAGACCAAAUUAAUUCAACUUUACAUGACAGCAGGGAAAAAAUUUCAAAGUUGUCCGGUAUUCAUACUUUGUUGCAAAGGCUGCAGUUUUUGUUUAAACUUCCAGCCACUUUGAAGACUAGAAUGGAAGAAAAAAACUACAUCCAGGCAACACAAGACUACUUACAUGCUCAAAAAGUCUUGCAGCAGUAUGGAGACUUGCCCUCUCUCCAUGGCAUCAAAACCGACUGCGAAUCGAUCUUAACGGAGCUGAAAAUCGAGCUACGCAAACAAUUUUCCAAUCCGCAGGCCACAGCCAAGGAAUUGGCCGAAUCGGUUGAUUUGCUGCUGCAAUUAAACGAACCCGCCAACGAAUUGUGCACGGAAUUUCUCGCUUGCGCCGAAAAAAGACUCAGCGUGCAGUUGGUGAUGUUGAAGGACCAAAGCGAGCAAAGAGACAUAAUCGAGUUUGUCGAUUUGGGCUGCACUGGGUUUCUGAGCGACUUAUGUUUAGUCGUGGCCUCUUUCCACGACAUGUUUCUCAACAGAAGCAUCAAUUUCGAGAAUGUGGAGAUCUUCGAAAAUUUCGGCGCCUUAGAGUUGAACACUUUCGUCAAAGAGAACAUGCGCAAGUAUUUCGAGUUGGUUCAGAGCAAAGUCGACUCAGAGCACGACGUCGGAGAUACGAGUGUUUUGGUGCAGGCUUUGGACAGGUUUUACAGGAGGAUUGAGAGUAAUAGGCUCUGUAAGGAUAUUGACUUUACAAGCACUGCCACAGAUAUUGUGAUAAAGGCUGGCAGAAAACAGUGCAAAGCUCAUUUGCAGAUAUUAAAAAUGCACUUUGCGGAUAUUUUGGCCAAGUUCAAACAAAAUUUAAGUGCGCCGAAACUCAUCAGUCAAGACGACACCUCGAAGAAUCUCAGCGACAUUUUGACGUCUUUGAUCCUCACCAUAGUGGAGAAAAUCAAGGGUGUUCUACAGGAUUUGGUCGUUUUCAUUCAGCCAGAGCUGACUUUUGCUCAAAAACCGCAAUUCAAAGACAGUUUUUGCGUUGAUAAUGUCAGAGAAGGUCUCAUUGUGUGCUUUUUGCACCAUCUCACGGCAACCGCGCGAAGUUUUUGCGCACCAGGCACAAUAGACCUGAAAUCACCGCCAACCCUGAUUUUACUAUUAUCGAAGUUGUGCCUCGAUUUCGGGAACGGAAGCGUCAGAUUUUUGUUAUCCCAAACAGAUGAAGUGUUUAAAAUAAGUCCCAAACAUGCGUCCAGUUUAACAAAUGAAGCAGAAAUAAACAAAACCAUGCAGUUAUCAGCUCAAGAGCUACUUAACUACUACGUUAGAAUUCAGGGAUUAAACUGCUCCCAGAUGUUACGCAAAAGUGUAGAGACCAGAGACUGGCUUCACACUAUUGAACCUAGAACAGUAAGGGCUGUAAUGAAAAGGGUCGUGGAAGAUAUUUCAGCCAUUGAUACAACAGUUGCAUUACUGUAUGAAGAUCCAGGUACAGCUACUGAACAUAGCAGCGAUUCCAGUAGGAAGACACACAGCAUUUCUGUGUCACGACAUCAAUUUAAGUCGAAUUGGUCCAGCUAUACCCCAAGUCAUAUGGAUUCUAAUUUGGUUUCUAACAUGCACAAACUGUUCAGUGAAAGAAUCGAAAUAUUUUCCACGGUAGAUUUUAGUAAAGUUUCGAUUUUGACCGGGAUUAUUAAAAUCAGUUUGAAGGUACACAUUUUGUUUAUAUUUUUGUAUAUUUUGAUGAAUAAAUGUUUUUAUUUAUUUUAUAGACUUUUAUGGAGUGUGUCAGACUCAAAACAUUCAGUAAAUAUGGUCUCCAACAAAUACAAGUGGAUACACAUUACUUACAAUUGUACUUAUGGCGUUUCGUUGCCGAUGAAAAUCUUGUACAUUUUCUAUUGGAUGAGAUUUUGGGUUCUGCAGUUCACAGAUGUCUUGAACCUGUACUUAUGGAACCAAGUGUUGUGGACAUUAUUUGCGAAAGGGGUUAAUUUAUUUUUAUAUUGUGAUAAUUAUUUAAUUUAUUGAAUAUAUUGUAUCUUCUUUAAUAUAAGUUUUAAAACAA